AUAAUACUCCGUAUAUAUAUUAGUCCCUUGCAAUACACAACAAAGUUACACAUGUUAGCUGCUUGUCCGCCUCCCUCCAUUAUCGGAUCUCUCUUUUUCUUCUCUCAUUCUUCAUCAUCAGGAAUGUGUUUGGUUUGAUCGAUCGAUUGUUAUGAAUGAGCAUUACACAGUGUGCCUAAUUUCUGGAUCAUUUGUACUAAUUAAUCAUGUUAAGCAAGAUAAUUAAACGGAAAAAGGGUUCGAAAUCGGAAGGAGCUGUGAUUCCGGUACCUUCCCCGCCUGAUGUGAUUUGUAAUCACGCUUCGCGUAUAGCCGGCGCGCCUGAUGCGAAUGCGAAUAGCGCUUCCGGAUUAGCUGAAUCGCAAUCGCACGUUGUGUGUUUGGCCAAUGCGCCGCCCAAUCCGGCGGUGGAAGUGCUGCCGUUGUUGAAGGAGGUCUCGCCGGCGCAACGCCAUGUCCUUUUCGUCCGUAAACUCCAAAUUUGUUGUUUGCAGUUUGACUUCACGGAUACUGUCAAGUCUGUGCGUGAGAGGGAGAUCAAGAGGCAAAUGCUGUCGGAGCUUAUUGAUUUAGUUCACACUGGAUCCUGUAAAAUGAAUGAAGUAAUGCAGGGAGAUUUGGUUAGGAUGAUAUCGGCUAACAUUUUCCGGUGUUUACCCCCUCCGUCUACUGCUGGAGGUGAUGGCGGUGAUCCCGAGGAGGAUGACAUGUUCAUGGACCCGUCCUGGCCUCAUUUGCAGCUUGUGUACGAGCUGCUUCUCAAAUAUGUGCUGUCAGCUGAAACUGAUACCAAGGUUGCCAAGCGGUAUCUGGAUCAUACGUUUCUGCUGAAGUUGCUUGACUUGUUUGAUUCAGAAGAUUCCAGAGAACGGGAGUAUUUGAAGACUGUUCUUCAUCGUAUAUAUGGGAAGUUCAUGGUUCAUCGUCCAUUUAUAAGGAAGGCAAUAAAUAAUAUCUUCUACAGGUUUAUAUUUGAGACGGAACAGCAUAAUGGGAUUGGUGAGUUGCUGGAAAUUCUCGGGAGUAUAAUAAAUGGGUUUGCAACACCAAUGAAAGAAGAGCACAAGUUGUUCCUCGUCCGAGCACUGAUUCCACUCCACAAGGCUAAGUGUGUUGCUGAUUUUCAUCAACAAUUGUCAUACUGCAUUGUGCAGUACGUUGAGAAGGACUAUAGAUUGGCAGAUAUCGUCAUUAAGGGUCUGCUGAAGUACUGGCCUGUUACUAAUUGUAGCAAGGAAAUUCUCUUUAUUGGUGAGCUAGAAGAAAUUCUGGAAGUUACACAGCCUGCUGAAUUUCAACGCUGCUUGGUUCCUCUUUUCAAACAAAUUGGACGAUGCCUCUAUAGCUUCCAUUUCCAGGUUGCAGAGCGGGCUCUUUUUCUAUGGAACAAUGAGCAUAUAGUAGAACUGGUUGCGCUGAAUAGGCGUGCUAUUUUACCAAUCAUCUUUCAAGCAUUGGAAAGGAAUAUGCAGGGUCACUGGAACCAGGCUGUCCAUGGGCUGACCUCCAACGUCCGAAAAAUGUUCCUGGAGAUGGAUGCUGAGCUAUUCAAGGAGUGUCAAAGGAAGAAUGAAGAGAAAGAAGCCAGUGCUGGAGAAUUGGUAGAGCAGCGUGAGCUAAAAUGGAAGAGAUUAGAAGAAGCUGCUAAACGGGCUGGGGGAUAAGACUGUAGUCUCGGUCCAUCAUUUAUUUAUUUAUUUAUUUUUGAGCUCUCUCAUUUGCAGGCUUAAACCGCCACAUACAGGAGUACGGUCUCUGUGCCAAAGCUUCCGCUUCAGCGAGACCAAAGGUAUGGGUACAGGAGAUUGUUUUUAUCAUCCUGUCAUGACCAAUUCAAUAUUUCUUGUUCAACUUGUCUUUCUAGAUGAGCUCAUUCUUUUACACUUUUGGACAACAAUAAUUUUACUGGUGAUUUUCAUUUUGUGAUUGACGACCCUACCCUCAUAUUAUCUAAAAGAGGGGAGAAAUCAGUCCUAGGUUUCCUUUAUUCAUUCUCAGCUUCAUAGGUUUUAUUGUUGAAACUGAACACUAGAUAUUGAAUUUUAACCACUUCUUUAAGUAAUUUCCUUCA